GGCAGUGAGCGGCAGUGGGACAUGGAUUCACAGAAGGAUGUUCAGCCUCCAAAGCAACAGCCAAUGAUUUACAUUUGUGGAGAAUGUCAUACAGAAAAUGAAAUAAAGGCAAGAGAUCCUAUCAGAUGCAGAGAAUGUGGCUACAGAAUAAUGUACAAGAAAAGGACCAAAAGAUUGGUGGUUUUUGAUGCCCGAUGAUAUCUGCUGAAGAUACAGUGACUUCAUGAUGCAGUUUAGUCUUUCUGAUAACUUUGCUCUGUAAAACUAUUUGUGUACAAAUGCACACUCUUAUUUGUGUUUUAGGAGAUUAUUAAAGUUUACUGUAAUACUAAAUUUUGUCUAUACUGUGUUCCAGCAAUAGAUUUCUAAA